GGAGCUCCUCUCUCUCUCUCUCUCUCUCUCUCUCUCUCGCAUUCAAUUGAAUUCCAUUGUUUGGAGAAGAUCUUAUGUCCGAACAGACGGAGGUGCAGAAUCUACCGCCACAAAUAUUCCUAAGAGGAGAAACAAUAGAGAAAAAAGAUCUUAGUGAUUGAGGCUGUGGUCAUAGUACUGAGUAAAGAAACAGUUCUAAUGUGGUCGAGGAAAAGAAGAUGGAUAACUGCUUGUUAUCAUCCGUUCUCUGUUGGUGUAGUUGCCCUCUUGUUUAUAGUGUACAAGUUUUUUCCUUCACUGUUUGAUCUUCUUGUAAAUUCUUCCCCGAUCAUUGUUUGCACAAGUCUUCUUCUUGGAAUCCUUCUGGGUCUUGCCAGACCGAAUGUUUCUGAGAAUGAAGAAGAUAAUAAGUUAAUUGAUGCAAGUUCAUCUCUGAAGAAUGAGUCAGUUGCAAAUGAUCUUGUGGCCAAGAAUGAGGAAAAGUUCAAAGUCAGAUCUCGUGUAGGGAGUAAAGGAGCAACUAAGAGAAUGACAGUAAAGACAAUUGUUUUGGGUGGUAGCAAGCUUAAUGAGCUGGAUCAAACAGAUGCUACUUCUGUUUAUUCAGUUGAGGAAGAUAAUAACUUGAUUGAAGAUAAACAUGCUGCAAGAAGGCUGGUUGAAGAUUUGAUAGAAGCCAGUGAAGGUAUCGGUUGUGCUGAAAAGAUCACUACAGUUCUUGGUGUGAAUGCUGAUAAAACUAAAUUGGACCGAUGUCAUGACUCUUGUUUGGAUUCUUCUUGGCAUCACAUCAAUCACAAGGAUGCUUCUUCCGAUUCUGAAUAUGAUGGAACAGAUAUCUCUAAUUCUUCUGUGGCAAAUGCUGUACCGAUUCUUGAUGAGCUCGACCCGCUCGUUUCAAAGGACAAUUCUGAAGAUGAUUCUGUAGCAUUCUCACAGAACCAUGUCUCAGAUGAUGGUAGCACAGAGGAUGAAGCUGAAAACCAAGAUGAUGAAGAUGAUGAAGAGUUACAAGAGGAGAAAGAUGACGGAAACAAAGUCGUUGUAACAUGGACUGCAGAUGAUCAGAAGAAUCUCAUGGAUCUCGGCAAGUCUGAACUCGAAAGGAAUCGCUGGCUGGAGAACUUAAUAGCUAAACGAGAAGCAAAGAAGGCAACAGAGAAGAACUUAAUAGACUUGGAUGAUAACAUGGAGGAGACAUCACAGGCUUAUGCUCAACUUCCAUCUGUUAGUGCACCAAGAAGGAAUCCGUUUGAUCUUCCCUAUGAUUCGGAUGAAUCAAUUCCUGGUUCAGCUCCUUCAGUACUCUUACCGAGGCAAAAUCCAUUUGAUCUUUCUUAUGAGCAGAUAUAUGAUGAGGAGAACUCAAACCAGGAGUUUGUUGCAGUUCCACAGCGUGAUAUGUUUAUCAGAAGGCAUGAGAGCUUCUCAGUUGGUGCUUCAUUUUUCAGUGAUUUUAAGGUUGAGAAGCGUGCUUCCCGGUUCAAGGCUUAUUUUGGUGCAGAAAAGAAUGAACCUCAGGAGACAGCUUAUGCUGGUCUGCACAGAGAAUCAAGUGGAAGUAGUGAUUCAAAACUGAGUUCUACUUCAGAAUCUGAUGCAGUUUCCUCAGUCAUUGAUCAGGAACAUCAGAAAGACUUGCUUCUAGGGAGUGGGUCUUCUACUAAACAUGAAACAAUUCCUAUUGAACAAAACAGCCAAUCCUUAGAGGAUGUUAAGUCAGUGGAUGUUCAACAAGUAGAGAGUCAGAUAAACAUAAUUAAUGAUUACGCAACUCAUCCGAGUGACAGCAUGCUCAUGGAAGAAACUCAUCAAGCCGAUGAAAGCUUUGGAACAGCCAAUGAUGACACCAGCAGAGACUUGGUACUGAAUUUGGCCGAUUCUUUUGCUGAGAGGGUUGAAGUGAUCGAUGAAGAGUAUGAGUCGAGUUCCUCUACUCCAUCAGAAGCAGAAAAGAAUAGUCCUGACCUGGAACAAACGAGUGAUGGUUCCUCAAAAGGCUCAACUGCUUCCUCGAAGACCAUUGUAGCAGACUCCGAUGUUGUGAAUGUGGAAACAGAUCAUGUUCAUGACAGCCAUAUUGUGGAACCUGUUUAUGAUUCCAGCCCAACAGCAACUGAAAGAUCACAUUCGAAUUCGGCACUUGAUGAAGCUUUCUGUAUUGCUGAUAAAGGAGGUUCACCUUCAAGUGCAGCAGCUGAAAGAAUUAUUUCAUCUGGUGGAGGAACAGAAGAAAGCUUGACAUCCACCCAGGGGACUCUCUGGGUUGUACCUCCAAGCCUAGCAUUUGUAGACCAGAAUGAAUCAGUAUCAAGGGAGAUAUCAAUAAUCAAGGAGCUUGAUGUCAUUGGAGAUGAGUUGUCUAAAGUUCAUGAAGAUUUUGGUGGCCCAAUUUUGCCUGUUUUACCAGAUCCAGCAGCUAGGCAGAGCAUGCUUGGCUCAAAUUUGUCAUCGGUGGAGAUUGAAACAAGUGAAGAUAGAUAAAUCCAACAGAGAACAUCGAUGGACAUUGUUCAACUUUAUGCUAUGGUCAUUGUAGCAUUCUCCUCAAACCAAUACGUACACAGAAAAUUACAACAAACAUCUGAGUGAUCAUCUCAGCAGUCAUUUAUCCAAUAGCAAAACUAAAAUUGUAAGUUUAUAU